UAGCAUCCAGCGAGCAUUCCUCGCUACAUCAUUCAGCUUUUCAGCAUCAUUCCCCGUCCCCCGCCCACCCUGGCCAUCACUGCAGUCGUCCAAUCACACCACACGAGCGAGCCAAACACCACGUUACCCCGCGUGUGGGUGUGACCAAGCCAGUUUCAUUCAUAAAUUGCUCGGUUUUAAAUCAAAAUUAAGGAGUUGCAAUUGUGUGCCUGCGAGUGCCCCGGAUGAACGACGUGAAUUGCAAUUAGAAGCAUGACCAUCUCUCAACCCAACAGACAGACAGGGUAGCUUACAGCCCAAGAGUAUGAACUUUGAAUUCUCCGAUUUUAGGGAGACAAAUUAGCUUGCCUUCGACGAACUGGACCAUGAGCAAUGAUUUCCCCGCAUGGAAGUACAUAACUGAGAACGCGACGGCUAUUCCCAAAGAUCCUAGUGUUAAGGAUGGUUAUGUUCUACUGCUCGUUCUGGUCUCGGUCUUCAUUGGCGGGACCUUAGUCCUUCUGUCCGGCAUCCUGAUUGUCUGUAGGAGAUGCUGUGAAACGGAUCGGAGAUAUUCAAGGGCUAACGAUGAUCCUGAAAAAACCAACACCACUUACUUGGAAGAAUCUCAGCCAGCACAAGAAAUUACCAUCAAAAUCGACGAUUCCGAGUGUUUAUCAACGGGCAGCUAUCAUGACUUGGAAACAGAACGGUUCCUCUCCACCUGUUCAACUGGCCGCAGGGUUUCUUUCAAUGAAGCAUCACUAUUCGACCAUGGGAAGAAAACACAGGAGAAAGGACGGAGGUAUACUCUGACCGAAGGGGAUUUUCACCAUUUAAAGAAUGCUCGAUUGACUAAUUUGCAUAUCUCACCGCCUUCACUGAAAAUAGUAACAAUUCAUGAGUGUGAAUCCAGCGAGAAUAACAGCUUAGCAGUGAGAAGCCACACUCCAUCGUCCUCCAAAACCAACCUUUCCAUUUUCCAGCCCAUCCUAAGUCCACUGCCACAAACAGCUCUGACAAGCCUCUCAGUCAACCCCAGCUCAGCCCUGCCUGGGGAUACAAUCAAUUCAUCAGUUAAUACCACCUUUGUUGAUGCAAAUGCUCCUGCACCUGCCGAUUCCGGAGAAGGUAGUGGGGGUGAAGCUGUGGCCGGGAGCGCUAGUGGCAGUGGCGGCACUGAGCCGGCGGCGGCUCCCAGUCAGGGCAGCGUCCUGCAGUUCUUCACCAAGCUGCGCCGCCACGCCAGCCUGGAGGGGGCGAGCCCCUACUUCAAGAUCAAAAAAUGGAAGUUUGAAACCAGUCAGAGAGCACUGAGCCUCGACACCAGAGGCUCCCCAAAGAGACACCAGUUCCAUCGACAGCGAGCAGCCAGUGAGAGCAUGGAGCAUGAAGACCAGGAUCCUCACCAGACCGACAUCAUACAGUACAUCGCCCACACUGAUGACAUCACCUUUUGCCCCCCUCCAACCUCAUUCACACAGCCCCCCUCCAGUCCGCCUUCAUCAGUUGCCAGGUUAGAUGCGGCAGAGAUUCUGCCAGGCGGGAGUGAAAGUGCUGAAAAGAGGGAGAGCUCUGAUCAUCAGAGGAUCUACCGGGAUAUCUGGGAACUCCGAGCUUCUCUCGAGCUUUACAUAUCAUUGGACCCGAGCAGCAACGAUAAGGAUUCGGCGCGGAGUGACACGGAGAGCGUGUGCUCGACGGGUGGGCCGCCCAGCGCUCUUUCCCAGGACAUGGGCGACGAAGAAGAUGGUCUUGAGGAGAUGCCCAUGGACAAAGGAGGGACAAAGCAGGACAGCGUGGAUUCCGAGCGGGGCAGCGACAGCGAUUCGAACACCAGGAAGCUCCUUCAGAUGGACAGUGGUUAUGCAUCCAUAGAGGCACCGAGCAAACUCUUGGAGGAAAGGAUUCUCAAGACAGACGGCGAAAGUGGGACCAAAGACAAAACGGCGUCUGAGAAAAGGUUGUUCUUCACAAGUUCUGGACGCAAAGGAACUGUCUUUGAAAGUUUUGAUGCAAAAACAUUGAGCGAGGAGAUUGAGGAAGAAGGCGCCGCCGGGGGUGAAGCAGAAAGCCCCAUCGGGUGGUCACCUUACGGCCAAAUGUUUGUAACUAAAGACUAUUUGCACAGGCGGGACUACAGCAUUGACGAGAAAACCGACGCCUUAUUCAACGAGUUCCUCCGGCACGACCCCCAGUUCGAUGAUUCUCCGCUCAAGUCCAAGCACCGCUCCCGCGUCCACCUGCGCAAGCAGUGGCAGAGGACCAAGCAAUACAGCGACCCGGGCCUCCGCUACCCGCCAGGCCUGGAGCGCCACCGGAUGCCCCUCCGGAGAGGCGACAGCGUGAACUACCCGCUCGACCACCGCUACCAGAGCACCCUGCCCCGCAUCGUGAGCAGCGCUGAGGAGGAGCAGGCCGGUAGCCAGGAACGGAUCACAUCACCCACCGCUAAAGACUCGGAGCGUACGGGCGCCGACUUGGAGGAAAAGAUCCACAUCAUCGAGGAAGAGACGGCAGAGCAAGGAAAUGGCGUUGACCAGACUGAACAGACAACAGACCUCCAGCAGCCUUUAGACCAUAUUAGUGGCUUCUCAGAGACAAAUAGCUCAACAGACUUCGGGUAUGGGCCUCAGAUGAUAGGGGCAGAUCCGAAAGACAAAUUAACCACUAGCAUCGAAGACAGGCUGUAUAACAACCUUAAAAAAUCAAAGGAGAGUGUCGAGUAUGUGAUAGCUGUCUCAUGUGCUUCACCAGACCACAGUCCCGUUUAGCCGACUGUUUGUGACGGGUUGACUCAUGAUUUCUUUUUUUUGUAAACUUCUCAUGUGGAUGCUGCCCAUUUACUAUUAGUCACUUCUGACCAAUACAGACAAUGUUUGCUGCUACAGUACACAACAUGCUUCGUGUUUCUCCAUCAAAGAAUGAUUAGAUGUCCGUGGAACAUUAAUUCCCUCGUAGGUAUAAAUGUUUUAGUAGAAGAAUAGUUUGCUUUUUUUUAAAAAAAAAAACAAAGAACGAAGGAGUGAUGUUGAUACUUUGGGGAAAGCUUUUCUAUUCAAGUUGUUUGGCUGUUAUUUUGUUUCCAGAACACCCUGUAAUGUUUUUAAUAUUGAGAAAUAGCAUCAGCCCCAGAUGAAUAGCAUUGUACACCGAGUGCUUCCUGUUUCCAGAGUUGGCUGUAUCACUCCCAUUUGCAUGUUCUCUUUUCAUUCUAAGGAUAUCAUUCAAAAAAAAAUCCCCCCAGGAUUGCACAACACAUCAUAACAUCGCCACCAAUGCAAGUAACGUCUUUGAAACUUUUUUUUUGUUGAAAUGUAUUAAAUAUAAAUUUCCUCUUCAAAGACAUUCCAAUUUUGUGUUAAGUUACAAUCAUAACUUCAUGUUACAUUCUGUGAAUUAGAAUGUCAAUUCCUAAAAUGAAAAGAUAGACACCAUUGUUUGUUUCUUCAAAAUGUAAAAAUGUCUGCUGUUGGUUUUAUUAUUAUUAUUAUUAAACAAAAAACAGACGAUGCUAUUCUGUAUGUGGAUGGGAUGGGCACAAUAAAUGACAAGUGUUUCUCAUAUUACUUUAAUUUUGGAAGUCUUAUUUCCAAAUAGAUUGGUUUCCUACCAAUCAUUCUGCACUGAAAUUUCAAACUUGGUGGCCGAGACAUACCAGUGACUAGAUAUCUAUGUGAUGAAUUUAGGCUAAAUUCACAGGUCUAAAUAAUUAUAUAACAUAAUUUUAUAAAGUAUUUAUGUGGUACUAUAUGAAACUUCUUAAAACACUUUUCCUGUUUUUUUAUUUUUAUCUGUAAAAUCAGCCUUGAACAAUCAUAUCAUUGACUUUCUUCUGUUUCCAUUGCUAAAAGAAAUAAAUUAUUUCCUCAUUCAAACAAAGAUCGUUUAGCAUGACUUGUUUGUGAUUUGGGCAAUGGCAGAAUAAACAGGUGAACAGUAGUGGAGAAAAGGUCAAACAAAUGAAAAAAAAAUUACAUCUCCAGCCUUACACACAAAAUGCUGGCGUAACAUCCUAAUGAACUUGUUCUAUAAAGCAAA